AGAAACUGAAACGGAUAGGAUGAAAUAUGAGCCCUUCAUUAUUCUGAACUCUGAAGAGAUAACACUAUACAAGUCUCAACUCUAUCAUCUUCUUCUUCAACAAUCCACCAGAAUUCAAAACCCUACUUCCAUGGCGAUACCAUCUCCCGCCGCUUGUUCUUCUAGACUCAUCACUUCCUACUCCACCCCUUCCCUUCCCCUCUCCCCCGCCUCCAUUUCCACCUCCACCAAACUCAAAACCCUAACCCUCACCUCCUCCUUCCUCCCUCCACACUCAUUCACCACCACCACCCUUUCCUCCACCAAAUCCACCCGCCGCUCCUUCACAAUCCGCGCCGCACGCGGCAAAUUCGAGCGAAAAAAGCCACACGUCAACAUCGGAACAAUCGGACACGUAGACCACGGCAAAACCACCCUAACCGCCGCCCUCACCAUGGCCCUCGCCUCCAUGGGAAACUCCGUCGCCAAAAAAUACGACGAGAUCGACGCCGCGCCCGAAGAACGAGCCCGCGGCAUCACAAUCAACACCGCAACCGUCGAGUACGAGACCGAGAAUCGCCACUACGCUCACGUGGACUGCCCCGGACACGCCGAUUACGUCAAGAACAUGAUCACCGGAGCUGCGCAGAUGGACGGAGCCAUCCUCGUCGUCUCCGGCGCCGACGGACCUAUGCCCCAGACCAAAGAGCAUAUCCUUCUCGCUAAGCAAGUCGGCGUUCCCGACAUGGUCGUAUUCUUGAACAAAGAGGAUCAGGUGGAUGACGCGGAGCUGUUGGAGCUGGUGGAGCUUGAGGUGCGUGAGCUUUUGUCCUCUUAUGAGUUUAACGGUGAUGAUAUCCCGAUUAUCUCCGGAUCCGCGUUGUUAGCUGUAGAGACGCUUACUGAGAAUCCUAAUGUGAAACGUGGUGAUAACAAAUGGGUGGAUAAGAUUUACGAGCUUAUGGAUGCUGUUGAUAGUUACAUACCUAUCCCUCAGAGACAGACUGAGUUGCCUUUCUUGCUGGCCGUUGAAGAUGUCUUCUCUAUCACCGGACGUGGGACUGUAGCUACAGGGAGGGUGGAGAGAGGGACUGUGAAGGUUGGAGAGACUGUGGAUUUAGUGGGGUUGAGAGAGACUAGGAACUAUACUGUUACUGGGGUUGAGAUGUUUCAGAAGAUUCUUGAUGAGGCCUUGGCUGGUGAUAAUGUUGGGUUGUUGCUUAGGGGUAUUCAGAAGGCUGAUAUUCAGAGGGGGAUGGUUUUGGCUAAGCCUGGGAGUAUUACUCCGCAUACUAAGUUUGAGGCGAUUGUGUAUGUGUUGAAGAAGGAAGAAGGUGGGAGGCAUUCUCCUUUCUUUGCUGGGUAUAGGCCUCAGUUUUAUAUGAGGACGACGGAUGUUACGGGGAAAGUGACCAAGAUUAUGAAUGAUAAAGAUGAAGAGUCGAAGAUGGUUAUGCCGGGGGAUAGGGUUAAGAUUGUUGUGGAGCUUAUUGUGCCUGUUGCUUGUGAGCAAGGGAUGAGGUUUGCUAUUAGAGAAGGUGGUAAGACUGUUGGUGCUGGUGUUAUUCAGUCUAUCAUCGAAUGAUUGUUUGUAGCAUCUAUCUACUUGUUUUUUUUUGUUUUUGAUUCUCGGAACUCUUUUGAGUUUUUACAGUCAAAAUCAAAAUGUCAUAUAGUUCUUGUUCUUGAAUCGUUGUUUGCUGACUUUGAGUUGCAAGAUUACGGACACCUUGGUUUGAAACAACUGUUCAGACAAUGGAAAGAUUACAUUAUCAUCUCUACCAUACCCGUGAAUUACAAAAGUGAUUAUGAUUGCAAAUAACUUGAAAGAAGAAACUUGAAAUGUGAAGAGAUGAUCGAGAAGAGGAAAGAGGAAAGAGGGAGUUCAUGGAUUGCGACCACCACCUCUGCCACUGGAAGAUGGGCCUGUGUCGAUCUGACCAUUUGUUUGAUAACUCAUCAUUCUCCUCCCUAACAAGACAUUGUCAUUGGUUUUAGUGGAUGACAAACUUCUAUAUAAGUAAUGCAUCAUAUACGAGGAUGAUAUAGUUUUAUCAUAUAUAUGCUUACUGUAAGGGAACACUAACCAGCUCUUGGGAGUGAUUCUUGUUUAGAAGCAAGAACAAGAUUGUUGCCAAGAAGUAGAAGAAGCAGGAAGAACACAAAACCCAAAGGUGAAAAAACCUUUCUCAUUUUACUCAAAUAUCUUAUCUUAUUUGGCCUCUUAGUUUUUCUAUUUUUUGUAUGUAUAUAUAGAGGCUGAUUAGAGGUGGGUUUAGUCUAAUCAGACUUUUUUGUGAAAAUUUUAAUAAAGAUUCGUAUUACAAAUUGGCGUGGUAAAGUAUUAUACACCACGAAUCUCA